AAGGCCAGCAAGUUGACCAAUGGCGAUGGUGUUGGAUGCUUUUGCAUCCUACAUCGGGGACUACCUCAAGCAGGUGGUACAGGAUGAGCUUGGAACGAUGCUGGGCGUCUCCGGCGAGAUCGACAAGUUGGGCGACAAGCUCCUGGACCUAAAGAACUUCCUUGCGGAUGCUGAUAGGAGGAACAUCACUGACAAGACCGUCCAGGUCUGGGUGGGGCAGCUCAAGCGCGCCAUGUAUGAAGCUGCUGAUAUCCUUGAUCUCUGCCAGCUCAAGGCCAUGGAGCGUGGGUCAUCCUCCUCAGAUGCAUUGUGUUGCAAUCCCUUGCUUUUCUGCAUGAGGAAUCCCUUCCAUGCUCGUGAGAUCGGCACCCGCAUCAAGGCGCUCAACAAGAGGCUCGACUCCAUCAAGGAGCGGAGCGCUACUUUCAAUUUCAUCAAUCUUGGGUCCUAUGCGGAUUGUCAUAGCAGCAAUGUCAACAUCUUUUCUCAUGGCAAUCCCCGUUGGGAGACAUCUGGGGAGCUUGACUGGUCUAGUGUGGUUGGGGACAAGAUCGAAGAAGACACAAGAGCAUUGGUGGCCCAGAUCACAAGCUGUGGAAAUGACGUCAGCAACAACAUUAUGGUGGUCGCUAUUGUAGGUGUUGGUGGGAUUGGCAAGACCACCCUCGCCCAGAAGGUCUUCAAUGACGAGGCCAUCCAAGGUGACUUCAGCAAAAAGAUAUGGUUGAGUGUCAACCAAAACUUUAGUGAGGUUGAGCUGCGGAGAAGAGCCAUCAUUGAAGUCAGAGGAGAUGCUCGGCCAGUUGGAAAUGCAAAGGCCACGCUUCAACGAACCCUCAAGGAAGCUUUGAUUGGCCACAAGACCUUCUUGAUAAUGGAUGAUGUUUGGAACUAUAGAGCAUGGGAGGAUGUGCUCAAAACGCCGUUAGUCAAUGCCGCUGCUGCAGGCAGCCACGUCCUCAUCACCACUAGAGAUGAAGGUGUAGCCCGAGGGGUGUCAGCUAUAUGGCCAUACCACCACAUUGACACAUUAGCAACCGACGAUGCUUGGUUAUUGCUCAAGACGCAGGUACUCUCAAGUGAGAUAAAUGAAAACCACAUAGAUACGCUAAAGGAUAUUGGACUCAAAAUUAUACAAAAAUGUGGUUAUUUACCACUUGCCGUCAAAGUAAUGGGAGGACUCUUGCGUGAAAGAGGAGGGCUACGUCGCGACUGGCAGCAUGUUUUGGAUGAUUCGAAAUGGUCAAGAACUAAAAUGCCUGAUGAGCUUAACUAUGCAGUUUACUUAAGCUAUGAAUAUAUGCCCUCUUACCUAAAGCAGUGCUUUCUGUACUACUGUCUUCUUCCUAAAAGUAGAAUUUUUACUAUGGAUGAAGUUGUUGGAAUGUGGCUUAGUGAAGGAUUUAUUCAUGGAAAUUCUAAUGAUUUAGAAGAAUUGGGAGCACAUUACUACAAGGAGUUGGUAUCUAGAAACCUGAUAGAGCCAGAUAAAUCAUAUGUUAAUUUAUGGGUUUGCAACAUGCAUGAUGUUGUUCGCUCAUUUGCUCAGUAUAUGACUAAAGAUGAAGCACUCAUAGCUCAAGACGGAGAUAAUGAUAUUCUUGCUAAACUUGGUUCACAAAAGUUUCUUCGGUUGUCCAUAGAAACUAACCGAUCACAAUCAGAUGAACUUGAUUGGAAAUCUCUACAAGCACAACAAUCAGUGAGAACAUUGAUCUCAACUAUCCAGAUUAAGAUGAAGCCUGGUGGUUCCUUGGUUAAUUUUUCUAGUUUGCAGACUCUGCAUAUUGAAUUUAAAAAUAUGGCUGUAUUGGUUGAAUCAUUGCAUCAACUCAAGCAUCUGAGGUAUCUAGCACUAGUAAAUGCUGAUAUAUAUGUACUUCCAGGGAACAUUGGCAAAAUGAAACUGUUGCAAUUCCUUGACCUUUAUGGAUGUACAAAAUUGGUGAAUCUUCCUGAUAGCAUUGUGAAGCUUUGCCAGUUGAGGUUACUUUCACUUCCCGAAGUAAGUAUGGUACCUAGAGGUCUCAGUGGUCUGACAAAUAUGAGGAGACUAAAUAUGUUUCGAGCCCACAUGGAUGGUGAUUGGAACAGUUUGGACGAGUUGGGGCCUCUUUUCCAACUCAGAGUUCUUGUAUUAACUGAAUUAGAGAAUGUAUCUGCUUCCUCGUUUGCUGCUAAUGCUAGGCUCGACGAGAAGACGCAUCUUAUCAAGCUAUUCCUGGGCUGCACCGGUAAACUGGGAGAUGAUGGGUUGGUCAAAGAGAAGGAAGGUGUCUCUGAGGAAGAGCAACAACGAAUUGAGAAGGUUCUCGAUAAGCUCUGCCCUCCACCUAGUGUAGAAUAUAUUACAAUCAAUGGGUAUUUUGGCCGGCAACUCCCGAGCUGGAUGAUGUCCACAUCAACGGUGCCCCUCAACAACUUGAAGACUAUAUUGUUUUAUGAUCUUGCUUGUUGCACACAACUUCCCAAUGGGUUGUGCCAGCUUCCCAAUCUGCAGUUUCUACAGGUCUCUCGUGUUCCAUGCAUCAAACAUGUGGGGACUGGAUUCUUGCAGGUGGCAGCAGCUUCAUUUCCAAGGUUAAACGAAUUGAUCUUGGAUGAAAUGGUUGAAUGGGAGGAGUGGGAGUGGGAGGAGCAAGUACAAGCCAUGCGGCAUUUGGAGAAACUUGUGCUCAGUAAAUGCAGACUGAGGCAUGUUCCUCCAGGCCUUGCCUCCAAUACAAGAUCUUUGAAAAUAUUAGAUCUAAAUUAUGUCGAGCACCUCAGCUACAUUGAGAGCUUUCCUUCUGUUGUUGAGCUUAUAGUGAAUGAUUCCCCCGACCUGGAGAGGAUCACCAAUAUCCCCAAUCUGCAGAAGCUUAACAUCCAGAACUGCCAAAAGUUGAAGGUGUUGGAGCGUAUCGCUUCACUCGAGAGGCUUCUCCUGGAGGAUUACACCAUGGAAAAACUGCCGGAAUACAUGAGAGACAUAAAGCCAAGGUAUUUGCAGUUAUUUUGCAGGCUAUGGUUGCUCUAUGUGGUAGCCGCCAGACAAUCUGGCACUGAGUGGGACAAGUUCAGCCGAGUGGAGCAUGUCAAGGCGUAUGCACCUGAUGGAGACAACCAAAGAAAAUGGUACAUUUUGUACACGAGAGGUGACAACUACAAGCUGGAUUCAAAUAUUAGCAGCUCUACCAUAUUUGAAGAAACCUUAUCAUCUUCUAUGGUGGAUGCACAAGGAUUUGAAUCUCUGUUCAAAAUGAGAAGAAGCACCUUCAUUUAUGUCUGCAGCUUGGUGAAGAUCCCAUUUUUCGAAGAUAUGAUGGCAAGGGAGCCCACCUUUGUCGAUGGGGGAGUGUUGUCUUUACAAGACAGAGUGGUUGUCGCUCUGAGAAUGUUGAACUCUGGUGACUCUCCGGUUACCAUAGGAUCCUCUCUUGGAGUGAACGAGUCAACUGUCUCGCUGGUAACUCAGGUGUUUGUUAAGGCUAUGUGGGACCGAGCAAUGCACCACUGCAGGUGGCCUGGCUCCACUAGAAUGGAGAAGAUCAAGCACAAGUUUGACAAGAUCCACGGCCUGCCAAACUGCUGUGGUGUUGCACACACAACUCUGAUCACCUUUGGAUCACAAAACCGUGGCCAUGGGGAGAAUGGUACUGUGCUAACGAAAUUUGUCAUUGAUCUGGAUAUGAGGUUCGUAGAUAUUUGGUUGGACUGUGAUCUCUUGAAGUUCUUUGAGGAGGGUGCUUUGCUCAAUGGUAUUCAUCGGUUGAACGGCAGUAAGUUGAAGUUACCAGAUGGCUUGGAGGUUGGGGAAUACAUCAUUGCUGAUGCAGGAUACCCUCUUCGUCCCUGGCUCCUCACACCUUACGAGUUGGAGAAUGGCCUCUCACUCUCAGAUGCCAAAGUUGAGUUCAACAGAAGACACUCUGCUUCUACAGCUGCUACGCUGAGGGCACUAACAAGGUUGAAAGACACAUGGAAGUGCCUACAGGGAGAAGGGUGGCAUCCAAAUAAUCAACGUGAGAUGAACCGGACAAUUGGCGUGUGCUGCAUGUUGCAUAACAUAGUGAUAGACAUGGAGGAAGGUGGAGGCAUGCCGAGCAAUCAGGAGGAGAAAUACAUGGAGCAAGUACGGCAGUUAGCAAAAGAGGACGCCGUCAGGGUGAGGGAUGCACUGUCCCAGUACUUGAUCGAUUCUGGAGAAACCUUAUCAUCAUCUAUGGUGGAUGCACAAGGAUUUGACUCUCUGUACAAAAUGAGAAGAAGUACUUUCAGUUACAUCUGCAGCUUGGUGAGGAUCCCAUUUUUCGAAGAUAUGAUGGCAAGGGAUCACACCACUGUUGAUGGGAGAUUGCUGUCUUUGCAAGACAAAGUAGCUGUCGCUCUAAGGGUACUGAACUCCGGUGACUCUCCCGUUACCGUAGGAUCCUCUCUUGGUGUGAAUGAGUCAACUGUAUCGCUGGUAACUCAGGUGUUUGUUGAGGCUAUGUGGGAUCGAGCAAUGCACCACUGUAGCUGGCCUGGCUCCGCUAAAUUGGAGAAGAUCAAGCACAAGUUUGACAAGAUCCACGGCCUGCCCAACUGCUGUGGUGUUGCACACACAGCUCUGAUCACCUUUGGAUCACAAAAACGUGUCCAUGAGGAGAAUGGUAGCGUGCUAACGAAAUUUGUCAUUGAUCUGGAUAUGAGGUUCGUAGAUAUUUGGUUGGACUGUGAUCUCUUGAAGUUCUUUGAGGAGGGUGCUUUGCUCAAUGGUAUUCAUCGGUUGAAUGGCAGUAGCCUGAAGUUAUCAGAUGGCUUGGAGGUUGGAGAAUACAUCAUUGGUGACGCAGGAUACCCUCUUCGUCCCUGGCUCCUCACACCUUACGAGUUGGAGAAUGGCCUCUCACUCUCAGACGCCAAAGUUGAGUUCAACAGAAGACACUCUGCUGCUACAGCUGCCACGCUGAGGGCACUAGUAAGGUUGAAAGACACGUGGAAGUGCCUGGAGGGAGAAGGGUGGCAUCCAAAUAAUAAACGUGAGAUGAAUCGGACAAUCGGCGCGUGCUGCAUAUUGCAUAACAUAGUGAUAGACAUGGAGGAAGGUGGAGGCAUGCCGAGCAAUCAGGAGGGGAAAUACAUGGAGCAAGUACGGCAGUUAGCAGAAGAGGACGCCGUCAGGGUUAGGGAUGCACUGUCCCAGUACUUGAUCGAUUCUGGAGUACAUCCAAUGGCAGCAGAGGAGGAACGAGAAGGAGAAGCAGCCGCAUCCCGUUCGGAAGAGGAAAAGAAGGAACCACAAACAGCAGACCAGGGAAAGGAGAAGGUGCAUGAGAGGCUUCUGGUAAUGGAGGCAGAGUGAUGCUGUCAGGGUGAAGGAUAUACUGUCCCAGCACUUGACCGGAUCUGGAGUCCACACAACGGCUGCGGAGGAGGAAAAAGAAGCUGCAGUAGUAGUUUCAUCAGAGUGAGGAAAGGAGAAGGCGCAUGAUAAUGGAUCCAAAGGCUGAAGUGAUGCUGAAGCAGAACUGCACCAAAUUAUGUGUCAUUGACAACUAGAGUGCUUGUAAGAACUGCACCAAAGGCCAUAGCUAUUUGUGAUUUAUAUUCUUUCAGUUGAUUGCUCUGCUCUACUCUGCUCUGCUCUGUGAUACGGCUAGAAUUGUGUACCUUGGCAAGUGGGUAUAGUAUAGUGGGUACAGUACAGGAAUUCAGAAUUGUGUACGACAGCUAAAGUGAAGCGAUGCCGCAAAAACAUGAAUUAAAAGUUGGACUGACAAUUUGUAUUCGCUGCCAUAUAUGUGGCCAAGACAAUUGCUUGUGUAUCUUAUAUAUGUUCGACAGUAAACUUUUGUGAUUGAGAAAACGAUUAA